AGGAGACUUGAGAGGAACCAGAAGAAGGAAGACUAGCUGUCAAAGCAGGAUGAAGCCUGAUCAUAAGGAUGGAGGCCAAAAUCAGAAGCAAGAACAAGACUUUUAUCUGGGUUGCCUAACCAAGAAAUGGUUGAUAAUGUUAUCAACUGCUGUUGGACUUCUUGUCCUGGCUAUCAUUAUUGUCCCUGCUGUGAUUCUCACCAGACCAGGAACCAAAGCUCCUGUUCCGCUGUUUCCUACUGGUGGAGACAUGCUGGACUUCCUGGUUCAGUCAGGUGAAAUCAGUGAACAAGAUGGUCUCUUGGCAACCUGGUUCCACCGAGCCAACAGCAAGGAGCAAAUGAACAUGGCUCUUGCAUCUGAUGUUAUGAUCCUAGAGGCGGACGUUACUCUGGAGGGUUAUGGAACUCCCGAUCAGAAACCAGUACCGAUCAUGGCUCACCCUCCUGAUGUUUAUAGUGACAACACCCUGGACCAGUGGUUGGAUGCUGUGUUGGACUCUAGAAAAGGAAUAAAACUUGACUUCAAGGCUCUGGACUCUGUGGGUUUCUCUCUGAACCUGCUCAAGCAAAAGAACAGCACCAGCGGAAUAAACAGGCCUGUCUGGCUCAAUGCAGACAUCCUUCGAGGUCCCAAUGUACCAAACUUUGUGUCUCCAGUCAACGCAACCAGAUUUCUUCAGUUGAUUCAGAAGAUAUUUCCAGAUGUGACUUUGUCUCCUGGAUGGAUGGUUCUCUAUAUUCCUCAAAUUGCUACUGAAACUUAUUCCAGAGACAUGGUGGAACACAUGUAUCAUCUGAUCAAAGAUGUCCCUCAGAAGGUGACGUUCCCAGUCCAUGCUCUGCUGGUCCACAGAGGAUGGCAGCACAUCAGCUGGCUCCUCAACCAGUCACCCAGGUUCAGCUUGACUCUGUGGCAGGGUUCAGAUCAUCCAACCAUCAGUGACCUGCUGUUUGUCCGGGACAACACCCAACCUGCACAAGUCUACUACGACAUCUAUGAACCUACACUGACAGCGUUUAAAGAGGCCGCCAGAAACCGCAGUGAUGUUCGGAGGUUUUAUCCUGGAGGAAACCUGAUGGACUUUCUCAAUCCAGUUCACAACUGGAGCAGCAGCUUCCUCACUGAUGUCACCCAGCACAGCAGUCUGGGAGUGCGCUGGUUUUCAGUCGCUGAUGAGACCGUCCUGCUGGCGCGGCUCUCAGAUGAGGAUGGUGGGAUGCUGGUUCUUCAUGUAGUUUCUGACAGAAAUCAGCCUGGAGUUCCUGUGCUGGGAGAAUCUGGGACCAGCUCUGAGCCCUUCACACUUCAGCGUGUCUUUGAGCUGCUUGGGCAGAGGACUGAUGCACCCUGGGGGGUUUAUCUUCGGGUUCAUGGUCAUCAACUUCUGGAAGCUUCCCUCAAACUGCUGCAGGCCGCCUACUCUGCAGAGGAGCUCUACAGGCCCAUCUGGAUCAGCAUGGAGAGUUCCCAAAGCAGCUACAGCACCAAUGAUUUUGUGUCCACAGUGGAGGAGUUUUUUCCAUAUGUCACUGUGGUUUUGGCUGAGCAGAACUGGCUUCCUCUGACCCCAGCAGCACCAAUGGGCCUGUCCCAAAGGCUGGCUGUUCACCUCAGCUCAGCAUCACUGCUCAAAGAACCACAGGAACUUCCCUCCCUGAAGGAAAGGAACCAGUGUGACUUUGUAGUGGAGGUGAACAUGGAGGACAUUGCAGAAACUUUUACAAUUAUGAAGAAGCUCAUGGCCCAACAGGGAGGAAAAUCAAAUCUCUACAUGAUGACUAGCAAAUAAAAGAAACUGUAUGACACAACCAUACGAGGUUGGACCUUCUCAUCUAGCAUGUUGAUGGAGAUUAUUUUUAGUGUCAGUGAGGAGUUGUUUGCUUUAUUUCUUUUCUCUAACCAUCCCACCUUGAUUUUAAUAAAGUUAAAUGGAAUAAAGCCUGGUUAGUUCUCAAAGUAUGUUUUCUGUUUACAUUAUGAAAAAAGUCCCUGCACUGGCUCCCUGUAGC